UUUGAAGAGCGAGAAAUAGAAAUUGAAAGAAACUCGGGAACUGAGCUCACAACCAGCUGAAGAAGAAGAAGAAGAAGAAGAAGACGAAGAAGAAGACGAAGAAGAAGAACCAGUGCUUUUUUUGGCACUUCCUCUUCAAUCUUAGGUUCAAGAGGAAAAAAUACCAGGUUUCUCUCAUUUCAAGCGGAAUAGCAGAGGCAGACUUCCAUUUUCGAAUCUGUGAGUUCAAUGCGUUUGAAGCUUCAGAGCUCUUUUUUCGUUUGAAUUUUCAGUUUGUUUACCCAACUAGGAGACUCUGAAAGCACUUCUUCACCAUUCUCCAUUAAUGUUUUAUUCAAUCUACUUUUUAGGAUCCACUGUUGAGUACAUUGCUUUAGAGUUUGUUUAACUUUAUGCGAAAUGACAUUUACUGAAAGAGAAAUACUGCUUUUCUCAAAAUCGAAUACAUAUCCUAAAGGGUCCAUUUGGUCACUGUAGGGCAAAAAGGAGGAGCGAAAGGGAGAAAGUAAAGGGUACUGUGGGUCAGACGACUCUAGAACUCAAUUAUUUUAUUACCUGCUUGAUUAUUUUUCUAAAGGAAACACACAAGCAUGCAGACCCCAAAAGCAAAAGCUAGCUCCUCAGAGGUAACUCAAAGAAAAUCUCCCAGAACACCCAGAACCGCUCGUCAACUUAAAACUCCAGCCACAGAUCCUGAUUCCGUUUCCCCUUCUCCACUUCCUGCUAGUAAGACACCUAAAGAAAGAAGUCCAAGGGUAGUGACUGACCGCAAGUCACCACGAUGUCUGGCCGCUGAGAGUAAAGGGCCGAGCAAAGUGGUUGAAUUGGAAUCACGAUUUUCUCAACUCCAGGAGGAGCUGAAGAAAACAAAUGAGCAAUUGAGUGCAUCUGAAUCACACAAAAAGCAAGCCCAACGGGAAGCAGAAGAAGCAAAGAAACAAUUAUUAGACAUGUCUGCAAAGCUGGAAGAAUCCCAACAGCAAGUGCUUGAUCUCUCAGCUUCUGAGGAAGAUCGUGUUCAAGAAUUGCACAAACUUUCUCAAGAUCGAGAUCGAGCAUGGGAAUCCGAGCUCGAAGCUGUUCAGAAGCAGCACACAAUGGAUGCUGCUGCAUUGGCCUCCGCCAUGAAUGAAGUUCAGAGGCUCAAGGUCCAGCUGAACAUGGUGUCUGAAUCCGAUGAAACCCGAAGUAAGAUCGCCGAGUCUGCACAAGUUGAGAUGGAUUAUCUAAGAACACAGCUCUCAGAGACUCUCUCCCUUGUUGAAAAACUGAAAAACGAGCUUAGUUACUGCAGAGAAUCUGAAGCUCAAGCCCUCAACAUAGCAAGGAAAAACCAAAAUCAAUUCGAAACAGCUAAAGCUGCUGUGGAAAAGCUUCAAUCAGAUGAAAUCAAAGCCGUUGAAGCCUACAACUCUUUGUCAUUGGAAUUGGAGCAAUCAAAAGCUCAUAUUCAAUUAUUGGAGGGUCAUAUCAGCAAGACUAAAAAAGGCUUAGAUUCAAUCACGGGCAGUAAGAAUGAAAUCAAUGACAUUAAAACUGAGCUUGCCGCUAUGAGAUUGGAAGCAGAUAAAUCAAAAUCUGCAUUAAGUGCAGCUGAGACAAGGUUUGAAGAGGAAUCUGUUCGUACAGCAAUGCAAAUUAGAAUUGCUCAUGAACUUGUGGAACAAGUGAAGGUAGAGUCAUGUCAGAAAGAGGAAGAAUUGGAUGCAGAACUCAAGGAAGCCAGAAAAGACAUUGAACAAUUGAGAGAAGACCUUAAGGAAAAAGAAACACAAUUGUGCAGUGUCGUGGAGGUAGACAAGGACUCUGAACUAGCAAUGGAGCUAAAGAAGCUGGAGGCCGACAUGGCAGAGUUAAAGACCAAACUUUUGGAUAAGGAGACAGAAUUGCAAAGUACAUCCGAGGAAAACAAUGCACUUAAAAACAAGAUCCAAAAGAUAGAAAUGGAAAUGAAUAGAAUCAACGAUGAAGCAGUCACUUUGGCAGAAACAACCAAAGCUGCAGAGCAAGAGGCAGAUAAAAAUGGCCAAAGAGCGGCACGAGCCGCGGAGCAGCUGGAUGCUGCACAGGCUGCGAAUGCCGAAAUGGAGGCUGAGCUAAGGAGGCUAAAGGUGCAAACAGACCAGUGGAGGAAAGCAGCUGAGGCUGCAGCUGCUAUACUGUCAACCGGCAACAAUGGGAAGCUUGUUGAUAGAAUAGUUUCAUUGGAGAACAAUUAUCCUUUAGGCUCGCCGUACUCGGAAGAUCUUGACGACGAGUCGCCGAAGAAGAAGAAUGGAAAUGUGUUGAAGAAGAUAGGAGUUUUGUGGAGAAAAAACCAUAAGUAAAGUACUGAAGAUUCUUGUAUGAAUGUGUGUUAGUUUAGUAGGAUGUUUUAUGGUCUCCUCUGUUCUGUUUUUUACUUUCCCAUUGCCUUUUGGUUUGUUUUAUGUUUGAAGACUCUGUUCUGGGCACUCUCUAUCUAUGUAUGCAGAGGCUAGAAUUGGGCAAUGCCCCACUUUACUUUUCAAUAUCUUUUUUCUUU